CCUCGUCCCGGUCUUGUCGCUUAAAACGGUCACAGUUACAGCUUACAAAUAACAUCUGUCAAACAAAAAUCCGAUCUUUUCCGAGAAAAUCUUGCCAAACGGGAAAAAUAUGGAGUUAUGCCCUUCAAUUAAAAACAUCCUUCUUUUGGAUUCGGAGGGGAAACGAAUAGCUGUUAAGUAUUAUUCAGAUGACUGGCCAACAAACUCUGCUAAGGAAGCCUUUGAGAAAGCUGUUUUUACCAAAACCCAAAAGACUAAUGCCCGUACCGAAGCUGAGAUAACAAUGUUUGAUAACUAUGUUGUCGUGUACAAGUUCGUUCAAGACCUUCACUUUUUUGUUACUGGAGGUGAAAAUGAAAACGAGAUUAUCUUGGCCACAGUACUCCAGGGGUUUUUUGAUGCAGUUGGAAACCUCCUUAGGGGCACUGUGGACAAGAAGGAGGCACUGGAGAACUUAGAUCUUAUUUUGUUAUGCCUUGAUGAGAUUGUAGAUGGCGGUGUCGUUCUUGAAACUGAUGCAAAUGUUAUAACGGGGAAGGUUGCUAGUCACAGUAUAGAUGCUGGAGCUCCUUUGUCUGAGCAGACAAUAAGUCAAGCAUUGGCUACUGCACGUGAGCAUUUUACAAGGUCUCUCCUCAAGUAAUGCAUACGCCCGACCAAAGGAGAGAAGCCAGAGGAUAUAUCUUUUUGUAAUGCUAGUUAUACUAUACUUGAUGUGCUUAGGAUGAAAGUUUGUGUCAUUUUGGGUGCAAUGCAAUUAUCCUUAUACUUUGGAUAUAACAUUGAUGUCGUGGCAAUUUUGCUUGCUUGACAUUAGUGGGUGAUGAUGCUAUUUGGGCUGCUAACCCUACAUAAUGGCAGAAAUACAUUGCUAUGCCUUGGUCAAGGUGUAUAUCAAGUUGCUUUUUCUAUGAUUCAGAUUUUA